CCAAGAACGGUCACGGACCCACUCUCCUUCCUGCUAAACCAACCAACUACCUACCUAAAAGACCUAAAACGCUCACAGGAUGUGGCUCCUUGGACAAUCCGUUGGCCGGCUAUUUGUAUCACUCUACAUGAAAUGGAUUACCUCUUUUAUGAA